AUGAAAGUUGUAAGUUUGCAAUUGCCAUCGGGACCUAGUAUGGAGCGGCUACCGCUACCAUUUAGUCCAACGGAACUCCUAUGGCGAUACCCAUUGCCAUGGGCACCUCCGCCUCUUUCUCCUCUCGGUGACGCCAAGGCUCAAUUACCAGCUGGGCUCCCUCCAGAACCCAGAUUAUGGACCAGAGAAGACGUAGCAGUCUUCCUGAAAUGGUGUGAAAGGGAAUUUGAUUUACCAAAUUUCGAUAUGGAUCUCUUCCAAAUGAAUGGUAAAGCUUUGUGCUUAUUAACCAAAACAGAUUUAGGAGAACGUUGCCCUGGAGCCGGAGAUGUUUUGCAUAAUGUACUACAAAUGCUUGUCAGAGAUGCCGCUAUUUUAGGCAGAGUUCCCUCGUCCCCUGUCACACCGACAGCUCGUAACGCCCCAUAUCCACCUUCUCCUCACUCUCACCCACCAACUCCAACGUGGGCAGUUGCGGACAGCUUCCACCACUUCCAUAGCGCCGCUGCUGCGGCGGCCGCUCAACCAAACUCUGUUACCUUAAGUCCAGCGCCAUCCGUUGAUAGCUCAGGAAGCCCGCAACGUGGCGAAACCAUCAGUUAUGCACCAUCCUACGCACCUCCGGUUCCCACGCAAACCGGAAGUUCUGGAAGUAACCCAUCUGAUUCCGAUGAAGAUGCGAAGUUCGCACCGCCUCCCCAUUCGCCGAAGGACGCUUUACCCAGCCCUGCACCGCAAAACCAUGCGGCGGCGCAACAUUCUCAUUUUCGGACUCAACACCGAGAAUUUUUCCCCAAUGAUAUGCCCGAAUCAAAUACAAAUGGAAGACUUUUAUGGGAUUUCCUUCAACAACUACUGAAUGACCCAACACAAAGAUACACCAACUACAUUGCAUGGAAGAACAGAGACACUGGUGUGUUCAAAAUUGUUGAUCCUGCUGGACUUGCUAAACUUUGGGGAAUUCAGAAGAAUCACUUAUCUAUGAACUACGACAAAAUGUCCCGAGCACUACGAUACUACUAUCGCGUCAAUAUCUUACGCAAAGUGCAAGGCGAGCGACAUUGUUACCAGUUCCUCAGGAAUCCUACAGAACUUAAGAACAUCAAAAACAUAUCUUUACUACGUCAACAAAUGAGCCCGACACGUGUGGCGCAACAACAGCAGCCACAACCACAGUCUGUGGUAAAGGCUGAAAUGAAGGAAGAACGUUGUGAUGACGACCAUGUCGAAGAAGAUAUGCCCACAGAUCUGAGUAUGAGCGCAACUGAACCUUGGCGGAAACGGCCGCGGUCCGACCCGGCACCUGUCAUCCCAUCACAUGACAAACAUUAUAUUAGUACCUUGAUUGGCGAUAAUAUGAUGAUGAAACAAGAAUCUGAUUACAGCUCAGAAUACUACGCGCUUAAUUUAAAAAGUGAAAAAUGCGAACAAUGA